AUGGCACAUAGUUACGAUGUGGGGACAAGGGCAUGGCAGCCCGAUCCUACAGAGGGUUGGGUGGCCUCUGAAGUGGAAUCGAAGAAAGUUCAGGGGGACAAGGUGACCCUAUUGUUCCAGCUCGCAAAUGGCGAGUCGAAAAGCAUUCAAACUACCUUGGCCGCCCUACAGGAGGACAGCAAUGCAAAUCUUCCCCCUCUCAUGAAUCCCGCUAUACUCGAAGCUAGCGACGAUCUGACGAACCUAUCACAUCUUAAUGAGCCAGCGGUGUUGCAAGCCAUACGGCUUCGCUAUUCACAGAAAGAAAUUUAUACAUAUAGCGGCAUAGUCCUAAUCGCUACGAAUCCGUUCGCACGAGUCGACUCCCUCUACGUACCUGGAAUGGUGCAAGUAUAUGCUGGGAAGCAAAGAACAUCUCAAGCACCGCAUCUAUUCGCUAUUGCCGAAGAGGCUUUCACAGAUAUGCUACGAGACAAUAAAAAUCAGACAAUAGUUGUCUCUGGCGAGUCAGGAGCAGGAAAGACUGUUAGCGCGAAAUACAUAAUGAGAUACUUUGCAACAAGAGAAUCUCCAGACCAACCCGGAAAGCGCGCGAAGGGAAUAGCGGACACAAUGAGCGAGACAGAAGAGCAAAUAUUAGCAACUAAUCCGGUAAUGGAAGCUUUCGGUAAUGCAAAAACCACCAGAAACGACAACUCCUCUCGAUUUGGGAAAUAUAUUGAAAUAUUGUUCGACAACAAGACGGAGAUUAUUGGUGCUCGCAUACGUACAUAUCUUCUUGAACGGUCAAGACUGGUCUUUCAACCCUUGAAGGAGAGAAACUAUCAUAUCUUCCAUCAACUAGUGGCUGGUGCCACAGACGCAGAAAGGCAACAUUGGGGUUUGUUGCCGGUAGAACAUUUUGACUACCUGAAUCAGGGUGGCGCUCCCGUGAUAGAGGGUUUCGAUGAUAAAACGGAAUUUGAUGCUACGAGGAAAUCUCUGAGCACUAUUGGUGUCACGGAAGAUCGACAGGCGCAAAUCUUUGCACUUCUGAGUGCUCUGCUUCAUUUGGGCAAUGUCAAGAUUACCGCUACAAGAACGGACUCCGUCUUGUCCUCAAGCGAGUCAUCACUGGUGAAAGCAUGCCAGAUGCUUGGCGUUGCUGCCGAAGACUUUUCCAAGUGGACCGUUAAGAAGCAACUGAUUACACGAGGUGAGAGGAUCAUGUCGAAUUUGACUCAACAACAAGCCCUAGUCGUUCGGGACUCUGUCGCCAAAUUCAUUUACUCCAGCCUGUUUGACUGGCUUGUUGAUAGCAUCAACUCAAGCUUAGCAACUGAAGAAGUAUACAGCCGUGCAGAGACGUUCAUUGGCGUGCUUGACAUAUACGGUUUUGAGCAUUUCGCUAAGAAUUCUUUCGAGCAAUUUUGUAUUAAUUACGCAAACGAGAAACUCCAGCAAGAGUUCAAUCAGCACGUCUUCAAACUCGAGCAAGAAGAGUAUGUGAAGGAGGAGAUCGACUGGACUUUUAUAGAUUUCUCCGAUAACCAACCGUGUAUUGACCUGAUUGAAGCCAAGCUUGGAGUACUCUCCUUACUCGAUGAGGAGUCACGUCUACCGAUGGGAUCCGACGACCAAUUUGUGACCAAGCUUCAUCAUAACUUCGCUAACGAUAAAUCGAAGUUCUACAAAAAGCCUCGAUUUGGCAAGUCCGCUUUCACAGUUUGCCAUUAUGCAAUCGACGUGACAUAUGAAUCCGAUGGCUUCAUCGAAAAGAACCGAGACACAGUUCCGGACGAGCAGAUGGAAGUCUUAAGAUCCACAUCAAACUUCUUCCUCAAAGAGGUUCUUGACGUUGCGUCAGCUGUCCGGGAGAAGGAUACUGCUUCAGUGGCCAAUACCAAAGCGGCUUCCGCAGCACCUACGAAGCGCUCGGGAGUAGCAGCGAACAGAAAGCCAACGCUUGGAGGUAUCUUUAAAUCCUCCCUCAUUGAACUAAUGAGCACCAUAAAUUCUACGAAUGUCCAUUACAUUCGCUGCAUCAAACCCAACGAAGGCAAAGAAUCUUGGAAGUUCGAAGGCCCUAUGGUACUGAGUCAACUCAGAGCUUGCGGUGUUCUUGAGACAGUACGAAUCAGCUGUGCGGGAUAUCCCACGCGAUGGACUUACGAAGACUUUGCUUUGCGCUAUUACAUGCUCGUGCCUUCCCAGGGCUGGACAUCGCAAGUCAAAGAGAUGGCAAAUGCUAUCCUGAAAAAGGCUCUUGGCCAAGGCGCUCAGAGAGGAUUAGACAAGUAUCAAUUAGGGCUAACUAAGAUAUUUUUCCGAGCGGGUAUGUUGGCUUUUCUAGAAGGUUUGCGGACGAGCAGGUUGAACGAAUGUGCCAUAAUGAUUCAGAAAAAUCUCAAAUGCAAGUAUCAGCGGAGGAAAUACCUCGAAGCGCGAGGCUCAAUACUUCUCCUCCAAGCUUUGGCACGAGGUUAUCGAGCUCGACAAAUUGCCGAGGAAGACCGCCAGACUAAGGCUGCAACCAGUGUACAAAGGUUGUGGCGUGGUUUCAAGGUUCGCAGAGAUUACAUAUCAGUCAUACGGAAUGUUAUUAUGGUCGAAGCUGUCAUGAAAGGGUUUUUGUGUCGCAGGAGUCUCAUGGAAAGGAGAGUUGGCGACGCUGCUAUAGUGAUCCAGAGAUCUUGGCGUCAACGAAGGCAACUACGCGACUGGAGACAAUACCGCCGAAAGAUCGUCAUCAUACAAAAUCUAUGGCGUGGCAAGCAGGCUCGUCAUGGAUACAAGAAGAUGCGUGAAGAGGCUAGAGACUUGAAACAAAUAUCGUACAAGCUCGAGAACAAGGUUGUUGAACUCACGCAAGCAUUGGGUUCAAUGAAAAGAGAAAAUAAAUCUCUAGUCGAACGAUGUGAAGGCUAUGAAAACCAACUGAAGUCAUUCCGAUCACGCAACACGGCGCUCGAAUCCCGUGCCCAGGAGCUGCAAGCUGAAGCAAAUCAAGCUGGGAGGUCGGCCGCUCGUCUUGUAGCAAUGGAAGAAGAUAUGAAGAAAUUGCAACAGACUCUGGAUGAGUCAACUGCGAACACUAAGCGGUUACAAGACGAGGGGAGAAGUCUCAAAGAUUCCCUCAAGACUACCAACUUAGAUCUUGACAAAGCUAGACAGGAUGGGAUAAAUCAUGAGAGCGAAAAAGUGUCUCUUCGGCAGCAGCUUGCUGAUCUUCAAGAUCAAUUGGAAUUCGCUAAGAGAGCAAUGCCCCUUAAUGGUGACAUACCAAAUGGACACGCGAUUCAGCCUCAAGCGAGCGGCCUCAUCAACUUGGUGAGCUCGAAGAAGCCAAAACGUCGGAGCGCUGGCCCAGAAAGAAUUGAUCCGGAUCGCUUCAGCUCCACCUAUAACCCUCGCCCCAGUUCUAUGGCUAUCACGGGCGUUAACACCCAUCGGCAGAAUAAUUCAGGAUCUACAUUCAGCCCCGUGCUUGAUCAGGUGGAGGACGAGCUCGAGAACAUCCUCUCUGACGAGGAUGCUUUGAACGAAGAAGUCACCAUUGGCCUCAUCAGGAACCUCAAGAUUCCGGCACCAAGUUCCACACCCACUCCUACCGACAAAGAGGUUCUGUUCCCAGCUUAUCUUAUUAAUCUAGUUACAUCCGAGAUGUGGAACAAUGGGUUCGUGAAAGAGUCUGAGCGAUUUUUAGCAAGUAUCAUGCAGUCAGUGCAACAGGAAGUAACGCAGCAUGACGGUGAUGAUGCCAUCAACCCAGGCGCUUUCUGGCUAUCGAACGUGCAUGAAAUGCUGUCAUUUGUGUUCCUUGCUGAAGAUUGGUACGAGGCGCAAAAGACCGACAAUUACGAGUAUGACCGGUUACUCGAAAUCGUCAAGCAUGAUCUGGAGAGCCUUGAAUUCAACAUCUAUCAUACCUGGAUGAAAGUAUUGAAGAAGAAACUUCAGAAGAUGAUCGUACCGGCGAUCAUAGAAUCACAAUCACUCCCAGGUUUUGUCACCAACGAGAGCAACAGGUUCCUGGGAAAGCUUCUCCAGAGUAGUAACACUCCUGCAUACAGCAUGGACAAUCUGCUCAGUCUUCUUAACAACGUCUUUAAAGCCAUGAAAGCUUAUUACCUGGAAGACUCCAUCAUCACACAGUGCUUGACUGAGCUUCUAAAACUUGUUGGUGUCACUGCAUUCAACGAUCUACUAAUGCGGCGUAAUUUCUUGUCAUGGAAACGCGGUCUUCAGAUCAACUAUAACAUCACUCGAAUCGAGGAAUGGUGUAAAAGUCAUGACAUGCCAGAAGGUACCUUACAGCUUGAACAUCUCAUGCAAGCAACUAAGUUAUUGCAACUGAAAAAGGCCACCUUAAACGACAUCGAGAUCAUUCAGGACAUUUGUUGGAUGCUCUCACCAAAUCAGAUACAAAAGCUAUUGAAUCAGUAUUUAGUCGCUGACUACGAGCAACCCAUCAAUGGUGAUAUUAUGAAAGCGGUUGCGUCUCGAGUCACGGAAAAAGGCGAUGUACUUCUUCUCACUGCUGUUGACAUGGAGGAUAGUGGCCCAUACGAGAUUGCCGAACCAAGAGUAAUUACUGCUUUGGAGACAUAUACUCCUUCCUGGCUUCAGACGCCGCGCUUGAAGCGAUUGGCAGAAAUCGUCUCGGCCCAAGCUGUUGCCCAGCAAGAGAAACUAGGUUUGGAUCUGCCGGAACGAACGAAUGGAGAGAAUGGAGACGCAUAUCCAGAACCUAACAAUCUUGAUGAUCCAACGCCUCCCUACCAAUCUAUCGAUGGGCUGGAGCGUGGAUGA